CAGCUGGAGCGGACAGGGCGGCUUCCGGAAUUUGGCGGGGCCUUUGUCCUUGCUGCAGCCGGAGCUUCGGGUUUCGUCUUCGUUUCUCUGUGUCCUCCGCUCCUAGAGGCCCAUCCUCUGAGGCCCGGUGACCUGCAGGUUUUGAGAGAUCCACAGCUAAGACGCCAGGACCCCUGGAAGCCUAGAAAUGAGACCACUGACAUUUAUGGAUGUGGCCAUAGAAUUCUCUCUGGAGGAGUGGCAAUGCCUGGAUACCACACAGCAGAAUUUAUAUAGGAAUGUGAUGUUAGAGAACUACAGAAACAUGGUCUUCCUUGGUAUUGCUGUUUCUAAGCCAGACCUGAUCGCCUGUCUGGAGCAAGGCAAAGAGCCCUGGAAUCUGAAGAGACAGGAGAUGGUGGCCAAACCCCCAGGUAUGCGUUCCUAUUUUGCCCAAGACCUUUGGCUAGAGGAGAGUGUAAAAGAUUCUUUCCAAACAGUAAUACUGAGAAAAUAUGAAAAAUCUGGAUAUCACAAUUUACAGUUAAAGAACAGGCAUAAAGGUGUGGAUGAGUAUAGGGUGUACAAAGGAAAUUGUAAUGGACAGUGUUUGACAGCUACCCAGAGCAAAAUAUUUCAAUGUGAUAAAUAUGUGAAAGACUUUCAUACAUUUUCAAAUUCAAAUAGACAUAAGACUGAAAAGAAUCCUUUCCAGUGUAAACAGUGUGGCAAAUCAUUUUGCAUUCUUUCACACCUAACUCAACAUGAAAAAAUUCACACUACUGUGAAUUCCUACAAAAUUGAAGAAUGUGGCAAGGCCUGUAAUGUGUCCUCAACCCUUUCUCAACAUAAAAGAAUUCAUACAGGACAGAAACACCACAAAUGUAAAGAACGUGGCAAAGCUUUUAACAAGUCUUCACACCUUAAAACACAUAAGAUAAUUCAUACUGGAGAGAAAUCCUACACAACUGAAGAAUGUGGCAAAACUUUUAACGCAUCCUCACACCUUACUACACGUACGAUAAUUCAUACUGCAGAGAACGCCUACAAAUGUAAAGAGUGUGGCAAAGCUUUUAACCAGUUGUCAACUCUUACUAGACAUAAGAAAAUUCAUGCUGGAGAGAAACCCUUCAUAUGUGAACAUUGUGGCAAAGCUUUUAACCAAUCCUCCAACCUUACUAAACAUAAGAGAAUUCAUACUGGAGAUAAACCUUAUAAAUGUGAAGAAUGUGGCAAAGCCUUUAAUGUGUCCUCAACCCUUACUCAACACAAAAGAAUUCAUACGGGGGAGAAACCUUACAAAUGUGAAGAGUGUGGCAAAGCCUUUAAUGUGUCCUCAACCCUUACUCAACAUAAGAGAAUUCAUACUGGAGAAAAACCAUACAAAUGUGACGAAUGUGGCAAAGCCUUUAACACAUCCUCACACCUUACUACACAUAGGAGAAUUCAUACGGGAGAGAAACCCUACAAAUGUGAAGAAUGUGGCAAAGCCUUUAGCCAGUUCUCACAACUUACUACACAUCAGAUAAUUCAUACUGGGGAGAAACCCUACAAAUGUGAAGAAUGUGGCAAAGCAUUUAAGCAACUCUCAGCCCUUACUGCACAUAAGACAAUUCAUACUGGAGAGAAACCCUACAAAUGUGAAGAAUGUGGCAAAGCUUUUAACCUAUCCUCACACCUUACUACACAUAAGAAAAUUCAUACUGGAGAGAAACCCUACAAAUGUAAAGAAUGUGGCAAAGCUUUUAACCAAUCCUCAACCCUUGCUAGACAUAAGAUAAUUCAUGCUGGAGAGAAACCCUACAAGUGUGAACAGUGUGGCAAAGGUUUUUACCAAUACUCAAACCUUACCCAACAUACGAUAGUUCAUACUAGAGAGAAACCCUACAAAUGUGUAGAAUGUGGCAAAGCCUUUAAAUGGUCCUCAACUCUCACUAAACAUAAGACAAUUCAUACUGGAGAGAAACCCUACAAAUGUGAAGAUUGUGGCAAAGCCUUUAAUAAGUUCUCAACCCUUACUACACAUAAGAAAAUUCAUGCUGGAGAGAAACACUACAAAUGUGAAGAAUGUGGCAAAGCCUUCAACUGGUUUUCAAAUCUUAUGGAACAUAAGAGAAUUCAUACUGGAGAAAAACCCUACAAAUGUGAAGAAUGUAGCAAAGCCUUUAAGUGGUCCUCAACUUUUACUAAACAUAAGGUAAUUCAUACUGGAGAGAAACCCUACAAAUGUAAAGAAUGUGGCAAAGCUUUUAACCAAUGUUCAAACCUUACUACACAUAAGAAAAUUCAUGCUGUAGAAAAAUCUUAUAAAGAAUGUGGCAAAGCUUUUAACCGGUCAUGAACUCACAACACAUAAGAUAAGUUAUGCUGGAGAGAAACCCAGAAGUGUGAAUAAUGUAGCAAAGCCUUUAACAAGUCCUUAAUUCUUAGCAGACAUAAUUCCUACUGGAGAGGAACUGUACAAACCUGAAAGAUGUAACAGUGCAAUUGACAACACCUCAACUUUUCUAAAUGUAAAAGAAAUAAUGCUGGUGCAAAAUCCUAAAAAUAGAAAGAAUAUUACAAAGAUAAAUGGUUGUCAUACUUGAUUGUAGGUAAAAUACUUUGUACUGGAGAAAACCUACAAGUGUGAAGAAUGUGGCAAAAUUUUUAACUGAUGCUGACAAAACUAUGGCUUUGGCUGGGCAUGGUGGCUCAUGCCUAUAAUCCCAGCACUCUGGGAGGUCGAGGCAGGUCGAUCAUCUGAGGUCAAGAGUUUGAGACCAGUGUGGCCAACAUGAUGAAACCCCAUCUCUACGAAAAAUACAAAAAAGUUAGCUGGGUGUGGGGGUGCAUGCCUAUAGUUUCAGCUACUUGGGAGGCUGAGGGAAGAGAAUCACUUGAACCCAGGAGGCAGAGGUUGCGGUAAGCCAAGAUCACGCCACUGCACUCCAGCUUGAGUGACAGAGCAAGAUUCCAUGUCAAAAAAGAAAAAUCGCUGUCAAAAGAUUUUUCAGAAACUGCAAGCCUUUAAAGUGAAGAAGAGUAUUUAUUUUGAAGACAAACAUUAAAAUACGAGCUGGGUGUGGUGGCUCACACCUGUAAUUUCAGCACUUUGGGUGGUUGGAUCAUGUGAGGUCGGAAGUUUGAGACCAACUUGGCUAACAUGGUGAAACUCCGUUUCUACCCAAAAUACAAAAAUUAGGUGGGCAUGGUGGCACACGACUAAUCCCAGGUAUUUGAGAGCUUGUGACAGGAGAAUUGUUUGAACCUGUGAGGCGGAGGUUGCAGUGAGCUGAGAUUGUGCCAUUGAACUCCAGCCUGGGUGAAAGAGUGAGACUCAAUCUGAAAAAAACCAUAUAUAUAUAUAUAUAUAGAGAGAGAGUUGUAUUAUAUGACAGAUCUUAUUAUACACAUUUUGUACAAACUUCACUCAAACUUUGUUCAACAUCAGGGAAUUUAUAUUGAAGAAAAUCUCAGGCCGGGUGCGGUGGCUCAAGCCUGUAAUCCCAGCACUUUGGGAGGCCGAGGCAGGUGGAUCACGAGGUCAAGAGACCGAGACCAUCCUGGUAAACAUGGCGAAACCCCAUCUCUACUAAAAAUACAAAAAAUUAGCUGGGCAUGGUAGCAUGUGCCUGUAAUCCCAGCUACUCAGGAGGCCGAGGCAGGAGAAUUGCUUGAACCCAGGAGGCGGAGGUUGUGUGGGUAACAAGAGCAAAACUCCGUCUCAAAAAAAAAAAAAAAAAAUCUCUGCAAAUGUAAUAAAUUUUGAAAAACUUUUUAAAACACAAACUACAGCUUAGGAAACACCAGAGAGUUUAUACUAAAAUAUAUUUUUGCAGAUGUGGUGAUAUAAAAAAUGAGUUAUUUGAAAAUUAUGUAAAUAUUAAUUCAGAGUAGAAAUAUCUAAGGAACUGACUUCAGACACUACACUAAAUCAGAGUACUGAGUUUAGAACAUAAUUUAAAGCUGAAGUUAUACAUAAACAUUUUUUAUGUAACUUUAAAAGGGUAUAAGAUAUUUUGGAAAGCUAUAAUUACAUUCAAAAUAUACUUUUUUUUUUUUUUUUUUUAAGACAGAGUCUUGCUUAGUCACCCAGGUUGGAGUGCAGCCUCUGCUUCCCAGGUUCAAGUGAAUCUCUUGCUUCAGCCCCCCAGGUAGCUGAGGUUACAGACAUGAGCCACUAUGCCUGGCUAACUUGUAAUUUUAGUAGAGAUGGAGUCUCAUCAUUAGCCAAGUUCGUCUGGAAACUCCUGACCUCAGGUGAUUCAGCCUCCAAAAGUGUUAGGAUGACAGAGAUGUAUGCUGCUGUGUCCAGCCAAAGUAUAUUUUUUUCUUGAAAAAAGAUUUUUUUGGAUACGUGAAUAAGGAUGUAAUUCAGCUUUCAAAUUGAUGACUGUAUCUUUAUUCCUGUUGUAUUCACAUGUGAAAACAUGAUGAAUUGUUCCUGCAUGAAAGAUAUGAGAGAUUCUUUUUUAUUAGGUGAGCAUUAUUACUUUUUCUAUUAAAUAAUAAAGACAUUAAAGUGUAAGAUGCAUGAUGCAAAUCUAAGUAGGGAUGCUCUUUGUGGUUAACGUACAAUAUUUAGUGAUGGCUGACGUAGCUGUUCAGUUUAAUAUUCUGCAUUGUGAGAAAAAUUUUUAAUUUUAGUUAAAAUUAAUAAUAUAUUAUUUUACUAAUUGUACUUUUAUGUGAUACAAUCCAGUAAAUUUAAAAACCUUGAAGUUAGCCGGGUGUGGUGGCUCAUGCCUGUAAUCCCAGCACUUUGGGAGGCCGAGGCAGGUGGAUCACGAGGUCAAGAGAUUGAGACCAUCCUGGUCAACAUGUGAAACCCCAUCUCUACUAAAAGUACAAAAAAUUAGCUGGGCAUAGUGGCACGUGCCUGUAAUCCCAGCUACUCGGGAGGCUGAGGCAGGAGAAUUGCCUGAACCCAGGAGGGGGAGGUUGCGGUGAGCUGAGAUUGCACCAUUGCACUCCAACCUGGAUAACAAGAGCAAAACUCCGUCUCAAAAAAAAUAAAUAAAUAAAAAUAAAAACAUUGAA